AUGAAGCCCCCGACUGGCCCCAAUAAUCGCACAGCGAUCAUGAUCAAUCGUAUCGACGCUUCUGUCAACGUCGACAAGCUUGCCGACCUUCCCUUUCCCGAUCAGCCUGAUAUCGACAUCUUCGCCACUUCUUACAAGGAGCGAGCAAAAUCAUACUAUUCCAUCUGCGUCGCCGUGACCAAGCUCGGCAUGAUGCAGCGUGCUUUGGACUUUGUGGAAAAGUAUGGCGGCGUCGCGCAUCUCGACACGUUCGAGCACUUUCGCAACACCAAGCGAGGUCGAUUCAUGGUACUUCCGAGGGACGAGAUCUCAGACGAGAGCAACACGCCCGAGAGCCCCCUGGACUGGCUGUCAGACCGACGAAUCGUUUCCAACGCACCAUUCGACCUGGCUGUGAAAGCCUUUUGGGCAGACAACGAACAGGAACAGGUCACGACCUUGGUAGCAGAAACAGUCAUCGACAACAAUCAAACAGCGACCAAAGACGUUUCAGUCGCCGGAACGGCUCCAACGAGCGCAUCCGUACUCUCCUUGGAGGAGCAGAGAUCUCACAACGCGCAGCAACUUGCAAGUCGCUUCAACAAGCUGGCAAGACAAGCCAUCGCAAACGUGCGAGAGCUCCGCACAAAGCGACUCGCAUCGUCAGCCGAAGACGCCGACGAUCUGGUCACUGAUCACGAAUACGAAUCUGCAGUCAGAUCUGCCUACCAGAAGCUUCUUGCCGCCGACUUGGCCCAAGACAAGGCACAGCUUGCAGACGAGGUCGUGCGCUACAAGAAACAUUUCAAGCACACCGAUCGAUUCCCGCCCAUCGUUCAGCAUUCAACGAUCUGUUCUCGAGAUGACACCAGCAAACCGUCAAUCUCGCCCUCUGAGCUGCAUGACCCCAGGGAAACUUACGAAUUCCCUAGUCUGGGAGUGCUACGAUGGCGACUCUCAAGACCAUUGAGCACACUAGAGUUUCCCAGAUUGGCAAACUACGUCGAAACUGUUAUGGACGCAUACGACAUCGACUUCGAGCUAAUGGUUGUCGAUCACGGAGUCGAUGCCGACAAGCAGGCUUACAUACAAAUCGCGUUCGAAGAUCAUUCGGCAUAUCUGCAAGGCCAAAAGAUGGAAUUCAUCUGGGGCGAUCAUCCUUUUGAGCUCUACUACAAAGCGGCACCUCUGCCGACGUCCACGACGGUCCUUCGACUGGAUGAUGUGCUCCAGAAUGCAGACGACACUUCGACCUUCGUCCAGCUUUUUGACAAAACUCUUGCAAAGCACGUUACUCUGGAGCAUGCUUGGCGUUUGGAUGAGCUCGUCCGAGAUGGAAACCAAAUGGUGUCCCGCAAAGGAACCUCGGUCGUAGCCUUGGUCAAGUACAAGGAGGACCCGAAAAGGCUUUGGGACGACGGCCGUUCCAGAGAGCUCCCUGGCCUGAUCCGCACAUCGAACCGUUUCGUCCCGAUCCUGAUGGCAGAUCGAACUUGUUUCUGUAGCCGCUGUCUUCAAGACCCGCACGAGGACCACCUCGAGUUCCACUUGACGGCCAGCUGUCCACGAAAGGCGAAGUGCGACAAAUGUGGUCGAGUCGUCCACAAGAGACACGUCUGCAAACCACGAGCCUCUACCUCGAGGAACUAG